CUUGCUCAAGCCCCCCUGAUUCAACCCAUUAUUAGUUACCAGGUUGACUUCACUGUGUCAGAGCAGGUGGGAUGACCAAACUGCUGGACUCUGACCCUCAGCUCCCCAACCCGCUUUAAAAUGAGCUCUUUUUAACACUGAAGCGCUUCGCUUAAGAUGAACGCUGAUAUCUCCGUUUGGCGACGACUUAACGUGACAUAUCUCGUUUUAUUGAUGUGGGACAGAUCAGAGCGCAGCGGCCGAGGCGGCAGCAUGGCUGAGCCACGGUUUAAUAACCCAUACUUCUGGCCUCCACCUCCCGCGAUGCCUGGUCAGCUGGAUAACCUUGUCCUAAUCAACAAGAUCAAAGAGCAGCUGAUGGCUGAGAAGAUCAGGCCUCCACAUCUGCCGCCCACUUCAGUCCCGUCCCAGCAGCCCCUGCUGGUGCCUCCCACGCCUACAGAAGGUGGUCAGCACAGCAUGUCGGUGCCCAAAAUUCAGCAGAUGCCUGGGCUUCAUCCCCACAGCCCCACUCAGCCUGACAUCGCCCUGCACGCCCGGCCAGCCUCCAGCACUGUCGCAGGACGCAUUCUUGGUGAUGUAAACCUGAAUCUGGAUGAUAAGACAGCCAUAAAAGCUAGAGGACUGUGGGAGGACUGGCAUUUACGACAGAUUAUAGACCAACCAUCAAGAGCGAACCAUCUGUCAGGUAUAGCACUCUCGUCUCGUAGCGGAAACUGUAACACAUCGGACACCUUGACCCUUGCAACCCCCACAUCCAGCAGCAGCCAGAUACGCCAGGGUGGGGCCCCUUCCACAAACCUUGUCUCAGGAUUGGCCUGUGGCCCAGGCAUGGAGGCGAUCAAAACCAGUGGUGGACUUGCAGGACUUCUGGGACCCACCCCCAAAACUGUGGGACGGGGCCGCAAAAAGAUCAAGGCGGAAAACACCUCUGGUCCUCUGUUAGUUGUGCCCUACCCUAUUCUGGCCUCAGGAGCUGACCAGUCAUCUGUAACCAUCACUGCCAAAGAGGGCAAAACAUACAGGUGUAAAGUGUGCCCGUUGACCUUCAUCUCCAAGUCAGACAUGCAGAUUCACUCGAAGUCGCACACAGAGGCCAAGCCACACAAGUGUCCGCACUGCACAAAGUCCUUCGCCAACGCCUCCUACCUGGCCCAGCAUUUACGCAUCCACCUCGGAGUGAAGCCUUAUCACUGCUCCUACUGCGAAAAAUCCUUCCGCCAACUCUCACACCUACAGCAGCACACUAGAAUUCAUACAGGUGACCGACCUUAUAAAUGUAUCCAACCAGGCUGUGAUAAAGCCUUCACACAGCUCUCCAAUCUGCAGUCUCACCAGAGAUCACACAACAAAGACAAGCCAUACAAGUGUUCCCACUGCUACCGCGCGUACUCCGACUCCGCCUCUUUACAGAUCCACUUAGCUGCUCACGCCAUCAAAAACGCAAAGGCCUACUGCUGCAGCAUGUGUGGCAGAGCAUACACCUCAGAGACCUAUCUGAUGAAGCACAUGUCUAAACACACAGUAGUGGAGCACCUGGUGAGCCAGCAUUCACCACCACGGACGGAAUCCCCCAGCAUCCCCAUCCGCAUCUCCCUCAUUUAACCCCAACGACACACACACGGACCAGGGCGCAUGGUCAGUCCCCAGCUUCGCCUGAAUCAAACCAAAUCACCUCUGCUCAGUGGUGUUCUCUUUCGCUUAAUCAUUCCUUUUUUCUGGGAUACAUUCCAAAACGUUUUAGACUGUAUUCCUGAAGCCUCUGAGAGAAGAAGGCCGAGUCGGUUUAUUUUUGUGUGUUUAUUUGUUCGUUCUCUCUCUUUAACUCAGUGUUUGUUACGGAGAAGAGGGACUAGUAGGGACAUCCAAAGACAGUUUUGCAGCACUUUCAGGCCAUGUAGUAUUGGCUUAAAAAUUGUUCAGUCUGUAAAGGCAUUGCUCUUGGCAGCUAAAUUUUCAGAUGUUAGGUGUUGCACAGGGAAAAAUAGACGCUCUGUUUUGUCCUGGUAAUAUCUAACGAUCUUGAACUCAUGCUGAGACAUUAUAUAUUUAGAGCAUGGACCAAGUCCAACACACCUUUUCUUUAAAUUUCUUACUCUUUUGUAUUUCCUGUGUUAGGAAAGUCAUAAAGGGGCAUGUACCGUAUAUUUUUCAACAUUUCGAGUGGUUAGAUGUGAAAUGACGCAUUGUAAAAACAAGAAUUUCUUUACACUGGCGGUGAUGGGAACCAGGGGUUGCAUCGUUUGAACAUACCCAGUUUAUUUACUAUCCAAAACCACCAGUGAACCUACACGACAAUAAUGGUAAAAUAGUGGUAAAAAUGUUUUCUUUGUGUACUAAUCUGCCUUAUACACCCAGCAUGUACAUCUCCACCAUGAAUAGUGGUAGGUGUAGAUAAGUGGCUAUCACCUCUGCCUUCUGUGCUGUGGACUGGGAUUCAAUCCCGCAUCUGGGUAAGCGCCCUACACUAUACCUAUAAGAGUCCUUGGGCAAGACUCCUAACACUACCUUUGCCUACCUGUGUAAAAGGAUCAGUCACUCUGGAAAAGAGUUCAAAAUGAAUGUGUUUUAAAAAUACCCUUUUGUGCCAAAAUCUGAUCUCAAAGCUAUGGUAAAAAAACAGACAUUGGGCAGCGAAUUCCUAACCAUCUAAUGUAAUAACUUCUUGUUGGCAUUAAAUUCUUCAGACGUCUGGUUCUUAUCACAGUCACUCUGACUCAUUAAGUCCCUGUAGAAUGGAGCAUUUCACACCAAACCACUCUGGACACAUACAUUUUGAAAAAUCGGUGGACUGCUCCUUUAAUCAGAAGUUUUCUGCUUGAGAAGCAAACGGUUUUAAUGUUUUGUAUGUUUAAAUGCAUAUUUCCUUUGGUAGGUCUUUAUGAAUGUGUGAUUUUUUUUUAGUGUCUGUUCAUCAAGCUAAACUGUUCUUAGUCCUUUAAAAUGAUGUGCUUUUAGUGCCAAAAACUGGGACUACAGAACAGCAUAAGAUGCUGGUAUCGCUCAACUCUGGUGUACAUAAACACGCUCACACUGCCACUGAUGUCUAAAGAUACUGAUAUUCACCCGACAUGUUCUUUUGGGGGCUAUGCUAUGUACCAUUCAACAGUCCACAGAAAUGUCAGUUAUGUCACACCUCCCUUGUGUACAUAUGUUUAUGUUUCAAAUGUCUCUGGUCUCUUUCAUCCAUGUAUUAUCAUGACUAAGUAUUAAUAAUUGCCAUUAUAUUAUUUUCUAUACAGUCAAGCCUUAACUAUUUUAUCACUAAUUAUCAUCACAUUUUAUAUACAAGUUUACCAUACUGGUGUUCUCACUGUACUCAGUACUGUAUGGCUUUUUUUAAUUUCCUAGCAUGAAUAUUCUGUAAAUAAACUAUAAAAUACUUAUGUGUUAACCCAUUUAUAUAAAAUGUCUAGUUAUUACAAAUGUUUUUUUUUAUUUGUCUUGCAUUGUGGUACUCUAUAAAGUUUGCCUUGGCUGCUAUAUGCAAAGUCAAGACUUAGAAAGGACUUUGUAUAAAUAAGGAAAGAAAAUAAAUCAGAAAAGUCUGGACA